UCUUUCUUUCUUUUUUUUUUUCCCCCUUCCUCUUCUCCCUCUCCUCUAUGCUUUAUUGAUUUCAUUCUUUGUCCUCAUACCGUCAAUAUGUGGACAACCACCUGCGGCUUGAAAGGGCGGACGCUCCGGGUGAGCAUCACCAUCACCGCCGUUAUGGGUUUCUCGCUCUUCGGCUACAAUCAGGGCAUGAUGGCGGGCCUCAUCGAUGGCGAACAGUUUACAGAAUCCUUUAGCAAACUCAAAAUGCCCGCAGAUCCGACGCCAUCGGAAACACACUAUAUCAACGUCAUCCGCGGUGCUGUCACAGCCUGCUAUGAGAUUGGCUGUUUCUUCGGCGCGCUGUUCUCGAUGUUCUUCGGCGAGAAACUCGGCCGCACUCGCCUCAUCUUUACUGGUGCCAAUGUCCUGACCAUUGGUGCCUUGAUUACAACGGUCUCCUUUGGUGAUAAGUGGGGUCUCGGUCAGUUCGUCAUCGGCCGUGUUAUAUCGGGCCUCGGAAACGGCAUGAACACGGCCACAAUCCCGGUCUGGCAGUCGGAAUGCUCCAACGCUCACAACCGUGGCUUCCUGGUCUGUUUUGAGGGUGCGAUGAUCGCUGUUGGCACCUUUGUUGCUUACUGGGUGGUCUUUGGUCUCUCCCACACCACGGAUACCGUCCAGUGGCGAUUCCCCAUAGCGCUCCAGAUAUUCUUCGCUCUGCUCGUGGCCAUCGGUGCCCUGGUAUUCCCGGAUUCCCCGCGGUGGUUUGUGAAGAACGGAUAUGACAAGGAGGCCUGCGAUGUUAUCGCUAAGCUCAAGGACUCCACUCCUGACUCCGAUGACGUCCUUACCGACUUCAAUUUCAUGAAGGCGGACGUGGAAUCCUCGAAAACCACAGAGUCAAGCUGGAAGGCGGUAUUCACAUUCGGCAAGACCCAGGAAUUCCAGCGCCUUCUUGUCGGUUGCUCCGGCCAGUUUUUCCAGCAGUUCACCGGCUGUAACGCCGCCAUCUACUACUCAACGCUGCUUUUCAAGGAUAACCUGGGCAUGGAUCGAUACCUGUCUAUGAUCAUGGGUGGUAUCUUCGCUACCAUCUACGCCCUUGCCACCAUCCCAUCCUUCUUUAUGAUUGAAAGGGUCGGCCGUCGCAAGCUGUACUUGAUCGGUUUCCUGGGCCAGGGGCUCAGCUUUGUCAUCACAUUUGCUUGCUUGGUCAAGGAGACCGAGGAGAACGCCAAGGGUGCUGCCGUUGGUAUCUUCCUCUUCAUCGUUUUCUUUGCAUUCACUCUCCUACCACUGCCCUGGAUCUACCCACCGGAGAUCAAUCCCCUCCGUACCCGUACAGUGGGCGCCGCGGCGUCGACGUGCACCAACUGGAUCUGCAACUUUGCCGUGGUCAUGUUCACGCCGCUUUUCGCUAACGAGAGCGGAUGGGGCCUUUAUCUCUUCUUCGCACUGUUUAACUUUAUCGGUUUGGUAUUAGGCUACUUCUUCUAUGUCGAGACGGCCGGCCGUGAGCUUGAGGAGAUCGACAUCGUCUACGCCAGGGCCCAUGUCGAAGGGAAGAUGCCGUUCAAAGUCGCCAACGACAUGCCCAAGCUCGAUUUCGAACAGAUCGCCCAACAGUCUCGCGAUCUGGGCUUGGAUACCUCUGAUAAUUCCGCACCUGAGAAGAACGAGCUCGGCCUCAGCAGCAGUGACAACGGCCAGGAGGUCGAGGAGGUGCAGGAAAAGCACUAGCUGUGUGUUUUGAAACCAGAAAAACGAGAUCUGUGACUCAGUAGGUUGAAGCCAUCCUUGCGACGCGGAACACGCUGCUGGGACAUGGCUGGGUUAGCCCUUUGGUGACGUGCUAUAGCAGUGACGAAGGCGAUAAUGAUGCUUGGACCGGAUGUUUUCUUUCUUUCUCCACUUUUUUUUCCUUUUUUUUUUUCAAUGCUUUUUUCUUGUGAACAUCUUAAUA